GCGACAGGCGCGCUCAUCUCAGAGGGACUGAACGCCUCGAAGAGCGGAGACGGGGGACAAGAUCACCCGGUUUGCGUCCAUCGGGAGCCACAGACCGCGGGCAACGAUGCUCAGAACGAGUCUCUCCGCGGGCAGCAGGACUUAAAAAGCUGCGGUCCAUCCAUCUGGACACUUUUCACGCAUAUUCUCGCCCCUUUCCCCUUUUAUUUCCCUCCCCCCGUUGAUAAGGAAGAUUAGAAUCCAAGCAGUCGUCUUCCAGCGUGCAUUUCUCUUUGGGCAUUUAACUCCAGUUUAUCAGCCAGCCGAGGCACGAUGUGGAAGACCGGGAUCCUCCUGCUGCUCUGGGUGCUUUUGGCGUCCGGCGAACUCCAGCAAGAGACGGAAUCGCGGAGACUCCCACCGCCGGGAAAGUUGGAUUUCGGUUAUGUGCCUGCGGGAGUUUACGAGACACUGGCCCACUACGAACCGGGACCGAUUGGGAUUCUGUUCCACAUGGUGCACACUUAUCUGUACAUGGUGCAACCCAACGCUUUCCCGCAAGAUCUUCUUGUCAAAGUGGCGAAGGACAGGUUUGGAGCCAUUCAGACGGAAUAUCAAAAGGCCAUCUACUACGAGAUAGGCUUCCUUAUAUGUGCAGCGGUGGGCCUGCUGUUCGCCAUCCUGAUGCCCAUAGUCGGCCUCUUCUUCUGCAUGUGCCGCUGCUGUGACAACUGCGGCGGGGAGAUGCACCAGCGGCAGAGAAAGAACGCAGACUGUCGGCGUGGCCUGCUGGGAACGCUGCUUUUCUCCACCUCACUGGUCAUCACGAUUGGAGUGCUGUGUGCGUACGCUGCCAACCAGAACCUGAGCUCUCAAGUGAAGAACAUACGGAGGCUGGUCAACAGCAACAUGAGGGACCUGCACACCUUCGCUAAUGACACACCGAUGCAAAUUGAUUACCUAAUAUCCCAAUACGCCACAGCCAAGAACAAAGUCAUCUAUGACCUAGAUAAUAUAGGUCCAUUAUUGGGUGGAAGGAUACACGAUCAGUUGGAUAAGGAGGUCCACCCUGCCUUGGACAGAGUACUCAAUAUGGCUGGAGCCAUGCGAGAAACCAAGGAAGCCCUGGAGAAUGUUAGUGUGUCUCUCGAAGUCCUUCAGGAAGGAACAGGAAAACUCAAUUUUAACCUGAGCCUGGUGCGGGUCAGUAUUAACCGCACCCUAAAUGACCCUGGCUGUCAUGACGAGGAGUCAGAUGCCACCACUGCCCAGCUGUGCCGCAAUAUCCGCCAGUCACUGUCCCAGCUGCAGAUCAGCGCCAAUUUCACACGGCUACCCAACGUGAACUCUCAGCUGGACAGGAUGAACAGCAUAUUGAAAACAGACCUCAGCGCUAUCGUCCAGAGGGGUUACUCCUCUUUGAACGACACGCCACAUAUGGUGACUGAACAGACCAGAGGUGUUGUGGAGAGUGUACAGAGUUUGGUGGACGACAUUGGCAAUAACAUCAGCAGCAUUUCUAAGGUGUUCCCGGUGCAGAGCUCCCUGUCCAACUUCACCAUCUUCAUUAGUCAUGCCCAUGCCAAGAUUGAGGACCACUACCCUGAAAUUGACCAAAUGGACUUUUACAGGUGGAUUGGCUGUAUUGCCUUGUGCUGCAUGGUGGUCCUGGUCCUGGCCUUCAACUACCUGGGCUUGCUGUGUGGCACCCUGGGAUAUGACAAGCACGCCUCACCUACAACACGAGGCUGCAUCUCUAAUACGGGAGGAACGAUGCUCAUGGCCGGCGUUGGAUUUAGCUUCAUCUUCUCCUGGGUGCUGAUGGGAGUGGUGACAAUCAUCUUCUUGGCAGGAGGAAACAUAGAGAAACUUGUUUGUGAACCUUUCCACACUAAAGAACUCUUUAAGGUUGUGGACACCCCGUAUCUGGUCAACCCAGAGUGGAAGAACUUCAUCCCUGGCUACAUGUACAACGACUCAGACCUUGAGCUGACUUCAGAGAGCUUGUACAGUACUUGCAAAGAAAACAAAGGCAUCUACUCAGCCAUGCGUCUGGACAAAGUCUUCAACAUCUCCUCUUUCCUGAACACUACAGUGUUUACUAAGGAUAUGGUGGGUCAGCUGGACAGUGUUAAGAUCGACCUAAGGGGAAUAAUCUUGUUAGAGGCGGAGGGCAAGCAGAACCUCCUGGAUUUCUCUGAAGCAGGACUGUCAGAAAUCAACUACGCUGACUACCUGGAAGAGGUCAACAAAGGAGUCACUGUGGUGGACCUGCUUUCAUUUGCCAGAGAGCUAGAGGCCCAGACAGACCUCAUGCCCAGAGGCCCUCUGCAGACUGCUCUGAAAGGCUAUGUCGGCACUCUGCGGCAAAUCCACAGUCAACAAAUCAUCCCCAUGGAGCAGGCUAUGAGUGCAUUGAACCAGAGUAUGAGGUUCCUGGAGAGAACAGCCUCAGACCUGCCAAACAAAGUCUUAGCAGUUCUGGAUGCCAUUGAAGUUGCACAGUAUCUCAUCUCCCAGAAUGCUACACAUUUAAUCAAGCAGGAAACAGAAAAAUACACAGCGACCCUUGUUGGCUACUUCCAUCAAUACAUAGAAUGGGUCAAAACAUCUCUGGCCAUGGAGGUCGCGCCGUGCAAGCCCUUCAGCAACAUGGUGGACACGGUGGAAAUCAUAGCUUGCAGUUUCCUGAUUGACUCUAUGAACACUUUCUGGAUGGGCCUGGGCUGCAGCACUCUCUUCCUGCUCCCGAGUGUCAUCCUAGCAGUGAAAUUAGCCAAGUACUACCGCAGGAUGGACACAGAGGAUGUUUACGACGACAUUGAGACAAUUCCCAUGAAAACUAUGGAAAUUGGUAAUAAUGGUUAUCAUAGUGAGCACUCACAAGGUAUCCCAAAUCCUAUGAUGAUGAGCAUCCCUACCUAUGAUACUAUGAACAGGUUCCCGCGGGCCUCGGCUCCUCCGAGGCACAUCGACUGGUGACAGAGAGCCGGCUCUUGUUCUGGCUCCUGAAAGUGCCCUCGAAAACUGGAACUAAAAUGCUACAUACCGUUUGUUUCACAAAUCUUCGGACCAGACGAAGCUCAAUAAAAGCUGGUUUCCUUACGACAGAAGAACAUUCAAAACCUUUUGGGUGUUUUCAACAACAAUUUACCUGCUUCUCAACGUUUCCUCCCCCUACAAGAAACUCUGCCUGCAGGACAUCAAACUUCUUCUCCCUCAGCAUCAAUCUGAGCCAGGCUUGUUCUGCAUUUUUCAAAGGACUCCUGUGUCUGCGUUUACAUUUGUUCAGACACAAAACCAUGCUGAAAAGUCUUUCAGCAAGAGGACAUGACAAUAACUGUGAUGCCUGUUUAUUAUUAUGUACUAGUUUGUGCUUUUGAAAACUGGCUAAAUAGUCAGGUCAGAAGGUCAUGACAAGCUGCUAAAGGACACUUUUUUUUCUCCUGCACUUAAAAUGGAUGAAUCACUUUCAGCACAACCUGUGUUAAGGGUGCAACAGUCUGUUAAUACACCUGUGAGGAAUGAUGCAGAUUAACAUGACAUACAACGUGUUUUUUUUUCUGGAAGAAGACACUGGUUUGUUGGAAAUGGCACAUCCUUUAUAACUGCAGCAUGAUGUGUGAGUUGGUGGGUGUGUGGUACCUUCAUGACUGAGAACUGGAUGAUUCCGUCAACAUGGUAGAAAUACAGAAACAGGCUGUUCCCAGAUGGAUUUUUGUGAUUAAUAUUAAGAAAUUUAGCAUGACUUUAAAUGUUUACAAUAUUACAAGAAAGUUUGUCAUCUUUGCUGAUUUUGGGCACAUUGCAAAUGACUGGUUGCCUUUCAGAAGUAUGUUUCUCCCUGGUAUUUUGGCAGAUGCGUUGCUUUUCAAAGGGAAAAUCCACCCUCAGAUGCUCUCACAAUGGUAAAAAUCACCAAUCUGUGGUGUUUAAUGCGUCAUUAAUGUACUAUGUCUUUUAUCAUAUCCAUUUCCUUUAACCUGUGUCACUUACUGUAUGUCUGUCUACUUCUCAGGUGUUUAUUUCCUACAUUUCUCAGAAUGCCUUUUAACAACCUCAGCAGGGAAUUACUACAUUAACUGUAGCACUUGUGUGUCUCUGAGAGUUGUAAAAGUUAGUUUCACCUCUAACUAGAGCACAAACAUUGCUCGCUGCAGCAAUUUAUUCUGAUCUACUGAGGCUGUUGUCAACAUGUAUCUGCUUCUUUGAGGUCUCACCAUGCGUAAGUGUUGAAAGGUGCCCUUGCUCCUUCGUUCUGGCUGAUGUUUUAGACCAGUGGUACCCAACAUUUGUAGUUUGUGAUUCUUUAAAACAGAACAACGUCUAAAUGAAACUCUUCAUCACAGGUUGUGUAUAUCAGUGAGCCUUGAGAGGUUUAACCAAAGAGUGAUUUACACUUUUCAAAAUGAGUAAUUUGAAAUAAUUUCAGAACAGAAAAGCUGCUAAACUGCUCUAGAAAUAUCUCACCACAGCAUGCUGUCAUCGAAGUUUGGUCAUUAAUCACAGGUGGAAAAAAAAAUCAAUACGCAAUCAAACACCAAAAUAAUGUUAAAAUGUAAGAUACAUCACUAAAUAUAGAGCACAGUACUUUUGGUGGAUUUUCCCUUUGAAUCUCAUAAUAAAGUCAGAGCAUAUCUGCCUAAUAUGUCAAACACUUACACAAAAGUGUCAGGCAUAUAGAUGAUUCCCUACUGUACGUGAUGAACUGACUAACAUGACAUUUUUACUGAGAUCUUUCUUGCUUUCAUAGUGAUGAUACUUUUUAAAGUGGAGAAUUACUUUCUCAAGCCAAAUUCUUUUUUUUUAACUGUAGGUCUCAGGUGAUCUAUCUAUCAAUUAUGUGCUUAUUUUGUUUCAGCAUUUUAUAAACCCCCUGGUAGCUAUGGAUACAUUUAAAACUAUGGUACAAGUGAAUGUAUUCAAGAGGUUUUUGUUUUUUUUAAGAAAAUUGUUUUGCUUGAUGAUGUUGGCUGAGAUAUAAUAUGCUGAACUUGUAACGCAUUGGGCAAGCCAAUCCAGUUAUCCCACCCACAUCGCCUCCAUGUUUACAGGUUAGAUGAGUAUUUUGCAGCUGCUUUCAGUAGUAAUGAUGGUGAAAAAUUAGACAAUCCAUCCAUGGGACAAGUGAGCACUAUCAAUCAAACAAUAGAAACCCAGUAGAACACUUUAUGGUUCACAGAGCUGAUGGUUUUGAUGCACACUGUUAAGAAAUAAUCCAUUUUCAUAAAUAAAAUGAAAGUUUGGAUUUUACUCGUCAAGCUAAUUGUCUCUGAAUACGCCAACGGUUCAAUAGCAGAACAAGCUAGCUUACUGUAACAACACAAAGUUUAAGCAUUUAUUAAAAAAUCUGAUCUUAUAUUGAAUCAAGACAAAAAUUGCCAUCAGGAUGAAAUGAAUAGAUUUCAAUUUUCUCUCUCACUUUGAUUAUUUUAAGAAAGUGCUGACAGGAUUUUGAAAUAACUUUGAUGCUAGCUAUUUGAUCCACUAACGUUAGCAUCAAAAAAUUUUUAACUUUUGAAAACUCUUAUAGUGACAAUUUUUGAUUUAUAUCACAUUGACAACCUAACUGAUGUCAUUAAUCCAAUGGAGUAACCCACAGGUUUCAUAGUUUUGCACAACAUUUUGGGCCACACAUAGAUACCUAAUGUAUGUUUAGGGCUUUUCACACUGCUAGCCCAGAGCUAAGGAUAGCCCAGGGCUAAGUGCAGUGUUACCUACCCUUACGUUACCUACCAAUCUAGGCUAGUUAGCUAAUAGCCACAGCUAGCAAGCUAUCUGCCCUCUUGUUCUAUAAACCUCAUAUAAAGUAUGCUUAACACAUAAAACAGCAUAUAGUAAAAGUGUAUAUAUGCAGUAUACAGUACAUACUGCUAGUCUUAGAUAAAGUCUCAAUCUCAGUGUGAUAUAAAUUCAAAAUGGCCUCAAUUAGCAUAAAUUGUCAGCUUUUUUCUUGUUUCAUUUCAAUACCCAGUUCUUGUUAAGACAGACAUUUUGGGCUCACUUUGUCGGGACUAUCAUUGGUUUUCUUGUUUGCGAGAGUCUGAAUGUGACGCAUCUUGGGGAAAGAAAGAUAUGAUCUUAUUAAGUGCUUAAACCAGAUAUAUUGUAUCCAAACUCUGGAUUGAUGCCGUCAGGACAGAUAGUGGUAACUGGUUUGAACUGUGAUGCUCCAAAGUUGGGCUCUGAUGGAGCCACUGAAGGAACUUUUUAAGUGGUAAUGGUGGUGAAAAGAGAGUGUAUAAAUUGUGAAUAAACACUGGAUUUCA